CCAGCAGCAGCAGAAGGAGAGCUACCAUGUCUGUGGUGUGCCGGAGCUCACGUUCGCUUCUGCUUCUUCCGUGCCUUCUGUUGUGUGUGUUGGGUCCCUCUGCGUCCCAUGCUGGGAAGCUGUUAGUGAUCCCCGUGGAUGGCAGCCACUGGCUGAGUAUGCUCGGGGUUAUUCAGCAGCUCCAGCAAAAGGGGCACGAAGUGGUGGUCAUAGCACCUGAAGCUUCGAUACACAUAAAAGAAGGAUCAUUUUACACUACGAGGAAGUACCCUGUGCCAUUCCAAAGUGAAAACGUGACAGCUGCUUUUGUGGAACUUGGGCGGAGUGUCUUUGAUCAAGAUCCUUUUCUGCUGCGUGUGAUUAAAACAUACAACAGAGUCAAAAGGGACUCCAGUAUGCUGCUGUCUGCCUGCUCCCACCUUCUGCACAAUGCCGAGUUUAUGGCCUCUCUGGAACAAAGCCACUUUGAUGCUCUGCUGACAGACCCUUUCCUUCCGUGUGGCUCCAUUGUGGCCCAGUACCUGUCUCUGCCUGCUGUGUACUUCUUGAAUGCAUUGCCAUGCAGCCUGGAUUUGGAAGCCACCCAAUGCCCUGCUCCGUUGUCCUACGUGCCCAAGAGUUUGUCCUCGAACACAGAUCGCAUGAACUUCCUGCAGCGGGUGAAGAACAUGCUUAUUGCUUUGACAGAGAACUUUCUAUGCAGAGUGGUUUACUCCCCCUAUGGGUCACUUGCCACCGAAAUCUUACAGAAAGAGGUGACUGUCAAGGACCUUCUGAGCCCUGCAUCUAUCUGGCUGAUGAGAAGCGACUUUAUGAAAGAUUACCCCAGGCCCAUCAUGCCCAACAUGGUUUUUAUUGGUGGGAUAAACUGCCUUCAGAAAAAAGCCCUAUCCCAGGAAUUUGAAGCCUAUGUCAACGCCUCCGGAGAACAUGGCAUCGUGGUUUUCUCUUUGGGAUCCAUGGUCUCAGAGAUUCCAGAGAAGAAAGCGAUGGAAAUCGCUGAGGCUUUGGGCAGAAUUCCUCAGACGGUCCUGUGGCGCUACACCGGAACUAGACCAUCGAACCUUGCAAAGAACACCAUUCUUGUCAAAUGGCUACCCCAAAACGAUCUGCUUGGUCAUCCAAAGGCUCGGGCGUUCAUCACACACUCCGGUUCCCAUGGUAUUUAUGAAGGAAUAUGCAAUGGGGUUCCAAUGGUGAUGAUGCCCUUGUUUGGUGAUCAGAUGGACAACGCCAAGCGCAUGGAAACUCGGGGAGCUGGGGUGACCCUGAAUGUCCUGGAAAUGACUGCCGAUGAUUUGGAAAACGCCCUUAAAACUGUAAUAAAAAACAAGAGUUACAAGGAGAACAUCAUGCGCCUCUCCAGUCUUCACAAGGACCGUCCUAUCGAGCCUCUGGACCUGGCUGUGUUCUGGGUGGAGUACGUGAUGAGGCACAAGGGGGCGCCACACCUGCGCCCCGCCGCCCACGACCUCACCUGGUACCAGUACCACUCCUUGGACGUGAUUGGCUUUCUCCUGGCCAUCGUGUUGACGGUGGUCUUCAUUGUCUAUAAAAGUUGUGCCUAUGGCUGCCGGAAAUGCUUUGGGGGAAAGAGUCGAGUGAAGAAAUCACACAAAUCCAAGACCCACUGAGAAGUGGCAGGAAGUGAAGAAGUAUUAGUCCCUUAUCCAAUCAGUUGAAACUUGGAAACAAGUGUUAAAUCCAUGUUGUUUUUAUUAGGGAAAUAAUUCACCAUACACUAUACACCCAGAACAUAUUUUUUUUAAAUAAAAACAAUCUAAUUGCUGGCCACACCCAUCAGGGAAGGUACUGGAAUAUGUGAUCUGUUUCUCCAGUAUCUUCAGUCUGAACAAUGACUGCCAUCUGUUGGUAACUUACAGAAAGUUUAGCGUUCUGCCUUCAGUGACAGCACCAUAGUUUCCCUUACUCCUGUCAGCUAAUGGCUUCCUCCCCUGGAUUCUCAGACCAGUGUGCCCUUCCCAGUGUUAGUCAUUCCUCACUGUGCUCAUGUGUUGUGGGUGGCACGGCCUUUGAGCUUUGGGAGAAAAGAAGAUGAGGCUGUGACCCUGGUGGCUCUGUGUUUGAGAUAAUAAUCAUUGCUUGUCUCUGAAUUUGAUGAAAACUGAAGUACAUUCUAAAGAAAGUAAGUCUUCUAUUGUGUUCCCAAACCAAGAACUUGUCAAUAAAUUCAUAUAAAUUGUAUUAUUA